AUGUACAAGCUCCAAGAGUGCCGCAAAGCAUACCCAAAAAUUACUUUCAGAGUCCAAGGUUCUGAGGUUAUAUUCUCUCGUGAAACCAGAAAAAAAUAGACUCGUAUGCAAGUAUAUUUGUCUGAUAAAUUAUAUAUCUGCCCAAACUAUAGUAAAUUAGUGAUUGUUGUUAAUUGUAUUUUAUUUAUUUCAGAUGCUGUGUGCUUUUUACUAGUAUCUAGCGCUGUUACAAUGGCAAUUCCGUUCUCCUUUGGACGUAUUGUUGACAUAAUAUACAAGUCUGAUUCUACAGAAGUACAAUCUAAAUUGGUUACAAUAUGUUCUAUACUACUUCCUAUAUUUAUAAUUGGUGCUGCGUGCAAUUUUGGACGAAUUUACUUGAUCAACACUUCUGGUAUGUGACUAAUAUGAAUCAAGUAACAAGUAAUUACUAAUAUCUAUAGUGAAACAAUUUACUAUUUAAGUAUAAUACUUUAAUAAUUUAAUAUAAAACUUAUAUUUAGUAAUGGAAUUAACUAUAAUAUUUCAAUUGUUUAGUUUUAUAUUUUUUUUUUUUUUCAAAUACUGCUGUAGUUUUGUUGAAUUUUAUUCUUAACAAACUAUUCUUAUCAAGUUGUCACAAAAAUAAAUGAGAUAGUUACUUUUUGAAGUUAAUUAAUAAUUUUUAAAUGUGAAUAUUUUUUACAAAGUCUAUACAUNACAUUCUUUAUAGGUAUUUCAAUGUGAUUAUCCUAUAAUUUUAAAUAUAUUUGUCUUCCAUUUCUAUACUUAGUGUCUUAAGUCUACUAUCCCAUUAACCACGCCUCUCCCUUUAUAUUAACCCCCGUCUCAACUGCUUUUAAAUAACCUCUUAUUUGACCCCACACUUUUCCUCUCUUACCAUUUUUCUUUACAUUUCCUAUUUUUUGUAUUACUACAAAUCAGAAACACCAUUUUUUUUUACGUUUGUGAGAACGGCCAUUAGAUAAUUUAAUAAUUGUUGAUUGUUUAAAUUUUUAUCAUAGUUGUACCUUGUAACACGAUUAAUAUCGUUUCUCAUAUUAUAAAGCACAUUCAGAUCACAAAUUAAGUUUUAAUUCGUUAUGUUUUAAAAUAAAUAAUUGCAGCCCCUCCACUUAACGAACAUUGAAAUUCGAUAAUAAUAUUAUUAUGGUAUUAUAACAAAAUACCUAAACGUAUUAUCUAUAAUGUUCAUGAUUAUAACAUUAUCACUUAUCGCAAUUUAUUAUCAUUUUUCCAGUCUUGGACUGCAUUAAAACUAUUGCAUACCUAUAACUGUAGGGUAUGUAGUCUCGAUUUCUUUUUUUCUUGUAGCUAUAUAAUAAUCAAAUUAUUUUUUAAUUAUCGAUUUAUUCUUUUGCCUUAACGAUAUGCCUGUCAAUACGACGACGUUUGGAUUGUUACGUUAUAACUUAUGUACUAAACUUAAAUUGCCCGUUUGUUGUUAACACAGAGUUAUACUUUCAAUUAUUCCACACUGCCCUACACGAAGACUGUUAUUUAACAAUUUGAUGCGAUGUACAAGCUCCAAGAGUACCGCAAAGCGUACCCAAAAAUUACUUUCAGAGUUCAAGGUUCUGAGAUUAUAUUCUCUCGUGAAACCAGAAAAAAAAAACUCAUAUGCAAGUAUAUUUGUAUAAUUAAUUAUAUAUCUGCCCUAACUAUAGUAAAUUAGUGAUUGUUGUUAAUUGUAUUUUAUUUAUUUCAGAUGCUGUGUGCUUUUUACUAGUAUCUAGCGCUGUUACAAUGGCAAUUCCAUUCUCCUUUGGACGUAUUGUUGACAUAAUAUACAAGUCUGAUUCUACAGAAGUACAAUCUAAAUUGGUUACAAUAUGUUCUAUACUACUUCCUAUAUUUAUAAUUGGUGCUGCGUGCAAUUUUGGACGAAUUUAUUUGAUCAACACUUCUGGUAUGUGA